AUGGCGUCGCUGUAUCAGAGAUUCACCGGCAAGAUCAACACAAACAGUUCCUUCCCCAACCCCCCGGAGGCGAGCCGCCUCCUCGGGCAGGGAGUCGAAGGGGAGAGGGCGACGGAGAGCCAGCGACCCCGGCUUCAGCAUCAGUACAGCCGCCACUGCGAGGACGAGGAUGAGCUGGUAGGCAGUAACCCUCCGCAGAGGAACUGGAAGGGAAUAGCGAUCGCCCUUCUUGUCAUUCUGGUCAUCUGCUCGCUGAUCGUCACCUCCGUCAUCCUGUUGACACCAGGUGAGGAUGACCGCCUGGCUCUCAAGGGCAAGGUGACUGUUGGAGACCUCUUUAGAAAAGACUUCAAGGUUCAUGACCCGAACGCCAAAUGGAUAAGCAGUAACGAGCUGUUGUACCGUAAUCGCGACGGCGAUGUCGUCAAGUUCAACGUCGAUACCGAUGAAAAGACCGUGUUGGUGCAUAACAAGAAGUUUGAAAUGUACAAAGCCAGCAAGUAUGAGGUGUCUCCUGACAUGAAGCAUGUGCUGCUGGCCUACAACGUUGCACCGGUGUACCAGCAUUCUUACACGGCCUUCUACAUCAUCUGCAGUCUGGAGACUCCGGAGACGUGGAACUUGAAUCCUCCAGAGGUGCGAAAUGCUCAGCUGCAGUAUGCAGGCUGGGGACCCCAGGGUCAACAACUGAUCUUUAUUUUCGAGAACAACAUCUACUAUCGCUCUACGGUGGAGAGCCGCUCUAUUCGUCUGGUGUCUACCGGCAAGGAGGGCGUCAUCUUCAACGGGCUCAGCGAUUGGCUGUAUGAAGAGGAGAUUUUCCAGUCCCACAUUGCCCACUGGUGGUCUCCAGACGGUGCCAGGCUAGCAUACGCCACCAUCAACGACACCCUGGUGCCCAGGAUGGAGCUCCCCAUGUUCACCGGCACACCCUACCCAAUGGGGAAAGAGUACCACUACCCGAAGGCCGGCGAGGAAAACCCUGUUAUCACUCUGUAUGUCGUGAACCUCAACGGUCCUCUUCACACCAUCGAGAUGAGGAGACCCGAUGAUCCCAGGAUAGGUGAGUACUACGUUACCAUGGUGAAAUGGGCCACAACCACCAAACUGGCCAUCAACUGGCUGAACAGAGCCCAGAACAUCUCCAUUCUCACGCUGUGCGAGGCCACGACGGGGGUCUGCACCAAGAAACACGAGGAUGAAAGUGAAGGCUGGCUGCACAGACAGAACGAGAAGCCUCUAUUUUCCAAAGACGGACUGAAGCUGUUCUUCACCCGAGCCAUUCCUCAAGGAGGCAGGGGCAAGUUCUUCCACAUCUCCAUGUCCAUCUCGCAGCCCAACACCAGCACAGACACGCUGCAGUCCAUCACGUCUGGAGACUGGGACGUCACCCAAGUCCUGGCCUAUAACGAGGACAGCCAGCUGAUAUACUUCUUGAGCACUGAGGAUGGGCCAAAGCGAAGACAUUUGUACAGCGCCGACACCUUUGGUUCCUUCAACCGCCGCUGUCUCUCGUGCGCCUUGUCCGACAGCUGUGGCUACAUCAGCGGCUCCUUCAGCUACAACAUGAGCUAUUUCCUGCUCAACUGCCAAGGCCGGGACAUCCCGUUUGUAGCCAUUUACAAGACCCAGAGAGACGGAGAAAGUCAGACGCAAGAUCGAGAGAGUAUUGCAGAAGUUCAUGAACUGGAGACGAAUGAGAACCUGAGGCUGACCCUGGACUCCAUGCAGAUGCCCAUAGUGGAGUACAAGGAGAUCAACAUGGACGACUACACCCUGUCCAUGCAGAUCCUGAAACCCGCCGGCUUCCAGGAGACGUCACACUACCCGCUGCUCCUGCUCGUCGACGGGACACCCGGUGGCCAGAUGGUGGCGGAGCGGUUUCAGAUGGACUGGGCCACCGUGCUGGUGAGCAGCUUCGGCGUCAUCGUGGUGCGCUGCGACGGACAGGGCAGCGGCUUCCAGGGCACCAACCUGCUGCACCGGAUCCAGAAGAAGCUGGGCGUGUUCGAGGAACAGGAUCAGAAGGAUGCACUCAAUUUUAUUUUGAAGGAGCCCUACAUUGACAAAACCAGAGUUGGAGCUUUUGGGAAGGUGUACGGCGGCUAUGUGACCAGCCUGCUGGUCAGCGGCGAGGAAUCGCCGGUGAAGUGUGGCGCCGUCCUCUCACCCAUCACCGACUUUGAGUUGUACGCCUCGGCUUUUUCAGAGAGAUAUCUGGGACUGCCCAAACCUGAUCCAAGGGCAUACACAAUGGCAAAUUUAGCACACAGAGCAUCUCAGUUCAUGGAUAAGAAGUUUCUUAUUAUCCAUCCUACAGCUGAUGAAAAAGUCCAUUUCCAACAUACAGCAAAAUUCAUUGGCCAGCUCAUCAACGAAAAGGCCAACUACACCUUACAGAUCUACCCAGACGAAGGCCACUUCAUUCACAGCGAGGCGACACGGCAGCACCUCAGCCAGUCCCUGGUGAACUUCUUUGAGGAAUGCUUCAGGCUACCAGAGAUCGUGUUCGAGGAGGCGCUGGAGGAGGAGAGCGAGGACGAGGGUUAGCCUGGCCCCCCUGAGGCUCGCGUGCCCCGGAUCCUUCCCACCCAUACGUUUCGCCUACCCUGACCUCCACCCCGUCCCCGUGCCCAAGCACAACACUGGCAUACAGUCGUCCACGAUAUGCAACUCUCACCUGUUCUUGCUCAGUUUGAUUUGGACUCCUCGUGUCCGCAUGCUGAACCUGAGACUGCCUUUCCAGCAGACGACAGAUCCGCUACCAUCCCCCCAUCCCAGACCCAAACGGCCCGCCAGAGAGCCGACAAAGACUGACCCGAUGUUUUGGAAUAUACUGAUUUAACAGGAAGCAGCCUCCCUCAAAGUGGGACGGACCAGCUCCUCCGAAGCAGUGGAGAGAAAGUAUCAGCUCUCACACAGACUUUCAAGCCGCAGGGGGAAGGAACACCUUAUAGCACAUACCUGGUGGGCUUGUAUAUCACUGCAAACCAGACGCCGGGUGACAAACGCUGGUUGUUCACGACGGGUGUCUGGAAUCGUGCGGAAACUAUUUUUAAAGUUGUGAAGAACUUUCAUGUUGGACUGUGGUUGUGUCUUGUAUGUAAAAUAGCACACGAGCAUUCACUCGGCCGUUACGGAUCGAGCUUCUUUCAGUCGCCAUGUUCGCCCUGAUGUCGGCUUCAUCUCGUAGCUUCAUUUUAAGUAUUUCUGUGACGCUGACAGAAUUCUCUUUAAAAAAAAAUGGCGCCGUUGGUUUCUUCAAGUUCAUUUGAGCCAGUUUUAUUGUGACGAGCCAGUUUCAUGGGACACAGAAGCAUCAACUUGUUUUAGUCACUGUGCCUUACUUUGUCAGAAAACAUCCUGCUGUGGGAUUGCAUUUACGAACUACAACAAGGCGAAUUUUCUAAGAAUGGUGUCACAUUUUGCCGAAUGAGCUCAUUCGUCUUCUUGUGUUAGAUGAGAACAUUCCAAACUCAUGUUUGCUUGUUACAUAUGGAGCGUCAGUUUAGCUGCU